AACUUUUGAUAAAUCUAACUGGAGAGGUGAAGAAACACACCAGUCCAAAAGCUGUGUGGCCAGAUUUAUGACAUACAAAUAGAAAUAAGAUUCCAACAUUAGAUCAACCAAAUGGAUGAAGAAAAUUUAAGGAAACGAACAGGAGAAGCUAAUGGAGGAGAUGAACUAUCACUUCAGAAGAGUAAACCCAAAACUACAAAUCUACAGCAAGAGGUGGGUCUGAUCAGUGGAAUCUGUAUGAUCGUUGGUACAAUUAUUGGCUCAGGAAUCUUCAUUUCUCCUAAAUCAGUACUUGCCAAUGUUGCAGCUGUGGGGCCUUGUUUAAUCAUCUGGGCAGCAUGUGGAAUUCUUGCUACUUUAGGUGCACUGUGUUUCGCGGAGCUUGGCACAACAAUUACAAAAUCAGGGGGAGAAUACCCUUACCUUAUGGAGGCUUUUGGUCCAAUUCCAGCAUAUUUGUUUUCCUGGACAAGUUUACUGGUCAUAAAACCCAGUUCGUUUGCUAUCAUUUGUCUUAGCUUUGCGGAAUAUGCUUCAGCUCCUUUUUAUCCAGGUUGUGAUCCACCUGUAGUUGUCAUCAAGUGUCUUGCAGCCUCUGCCAUUGUGGUUAUUACAGCUGUGAAUUCACUGAGUGUGAAGUUGGGAAGCUACGUCCAGAAUUUUUUCACUGCUGCUAAAAUGAUCAUUGUUUUAAUUAUUAUUGUAAGUGGGAUCGUUCUCCUUGCACAAGGAAAAACUGAAAAUUUUAAAAAUUCUUUCAAGGAUACUAAACUUUCCAUUGGUUCCAUCAGUCUGGCAUUUUAUAAUGGACUCUGGGCAUACGAUGGAUGGAAUCAGCUAAAUUACAUUACAGAGGAACUUAAAAAUCCUUACAGAAAUCUACCGCUAUCUAUAAUCAUUGGAAUUCCUCUGGUUUCAGUUUGCUACGUUCUGAUUAAUAUUUCAUAUUUUACCAUAAUGACUUCAACAGAACUUCUACAGUCGCAGGCAGUUGCAGUGACAUUUGGGGAUCGAGUCCUUUAUCCAGCUGCUUGGAUAGUUCCUCUCUUCGUGGCCUUUUCUACAAUUGGAGCUGCCAACGGGACCUGUUUUACUGCUGGCAGACUUGUUUACGUGGCAGGCCGUGAAGGGCACAUGCUAAAGGUGCUGUCUUACAUUAGUGUUAAACGUUUAACCCCAGCACCUGCUAUCAUAUUUUAUGGAGCAAUUGCUAUUAUUUAUACCAUCCCUGGAAACAUUGAAACACUCAUUAACUACUUCAGUUUUGCUGUCUGGAUAUUUUAUGGUUUAACUGUGCUGGGACUCAUUGUUAUGAGGUUUACAAGAAAAGAGCUCAAGAGACCAAUCACAGUACCUAUCGUCAUUCCUGUCUUUGUGACACUGAGCUCAAUUUUCCUAGUUCUGGCUCCAAUCAUUAGUCAACCCGAAUUGCCAUACCUGUACUGUGCAUUAUUUAUGUUUGGUGGACUUAUAUUUUAUUUCCUUUUUGUUCAUUUUAAAUUCAACUGGGCACAAAGAAUAUCAAAGCCCACCACCAUGUACCUUCAGAUGCUUCUGGAAGUUGUACCAGCCGAGGAAGUUACGGAAUAAAGCAGACUGGAUUUCUCUUAAUCCUUUUCUAAGCACUAUAGUUUGACAUACAAUGUUCAUAUUUGCUGAAUUUAGACUUUCAUUGUGAUAUGCAGCUUUAUUUUUACAACUGUUAUAAUUUAUAAACUAUAUUUACAGUAUCUUAGAAGACAUUUGAGAAUAAAGAUUUUUUG